AUGUCCUGUUUCGCCCAGGUGCCUUGCAAAGACGUGAUUCUUCACGCCCGGGCAUCCUCUUCGAAAGAGCCUGCUGUGAAGAGACUUGCUCAGAUUCCGAUUUCUCAUUCAGAGAAUGGGGCGCAUAAAGUCUUCAAAGAAGCUGGUUGUGCCCUCGACAUUCCUCUUUCAUAUGUGGAUCUUUCAACGCAGAAGGCCAUGCCGUACAUAACCAUGACAUCAUGGGUGCAGUUUCUGAAUAAGACCAACCGCCUUCACUACUUGACCGGACUGAAGAACGCCCUGGAGCGUCAAAGGGUCUGCUACGAGUUUUGGCAGAGAGUCAAGGUUCUGAGACCAGAUCACCCAGUCUUUACUUUAGCCGCUGCAGGAAGGGUUCGCCUCGAGGAUGUGGUCCCCCUCCUCCAUCAUGGGGAUGAAGGGCGGUCUUAUCGAAAGACGCCGAUAAUGAUCAUCAGCACCCACGGCUUGCUUGGCAGAGGAUCGCACACAGCUGAGCGACCGAAACACAAAGUCGCUGUGGAGGACGACUGCAUGGGCUUGAAUUUUUUGGGCUCGACGGUCACCACCCACUUUAUCUUCGCAGCCAUGCCACAUGCUCUAUACAAAUGGGCACCUGAUGCAUUAGAGACGAUGCUUACUUUAUACGCCAAGGAUCUGCGAAAGCUGGCUUUGAACGGUAUCGAGGUGACUGAGAACAACGAGCUGCGCCGGUUGCAUUUUUUUUGCUACGGGGCGAAAGGCGACCUCCCGUACCUCGGCAAAGCAGGACAAUUCACCAGAACAUACUCGAUGUGUCCAAAAUCUAGCAGCUCGAAAAAAUGCUGUCAAGGCAUAUGUUUCAUCUGCAACGCAGGGGUUGAACAGCAGCCCAACAAGCCAGAUCAUCCUUGGGAAGAUUUCCGGGCCAGCGCCAGCUGGCUCGGUACAGUGGGGCUGAACCCAGGCUUCAAUCAACACGCUCCACUUCUCAAAGUUCCACACGACCACUCAGUUCUCUUCUACAGGCUUGACAUUUGGCACUGUUGGCAUCUGGGCGUUGGAAAAGCCUUCAUCGCCAGUGCGUUGGUAGUACUACUUGACGCCAUUGCGGAUGAGGGGGAUUCCUUGGAAACACGCCUUUCCAAUAUGUUUGCAUCAUACUCCGCGCAUUGUAAGAGACUCAAGGUUUACGGAUACCUCGCCAGCUUUACUCGCGACUUCCUCGGAUGGGACAAGGCCAACAACAUGCCUGCAGGGCAUUGGAGUAAGGGGUUCGUCACAACCCGGCUUUUUGUGUGGCUACAGGAGUAUCUCGAGGACCACUUUAAAGAUACUCGCGAUCCAAUGAUCCAGGAGAUCGAGUUCGUGCCUCGACAUCAGUUGUUUAUGGCUCUUACUUAG